AUGGGAAUUGUGAAUGGUUUAAUGAACAGCUGGCUCAAAGGUGGUAAGCUGAUCGGUGAAUAUGGUGGAGAAUAGUAAGUUUAAGCUUAUAAACGUCACGGGCCGGCCCGGCCCACUGACCACCCCUGGCCGAAAAUUUUUAAAGAAACAGUUGGCGCAAAAUAUGUGUCAUCUCUUUCUCUAGACUUCCUUUUUUGACCGGCGCUUGGUAUACCACCGGUAGUCGUUUAGAUUAUAUUCCCCUGGUAUUGGUCAUCCACGUUCUUGCCGCAGCUUGUUGUGUUAUUAAGUAUUUACUCAAUUUCAGUCCAAGAACCUCCAGCCCGACUUCUUUCUGUGAAAACCCCCAAGGCGAAGGGUCUGAUCCAAAAAAUACGAAGAGCGACAAUCGCGAGCGUACCCAGAAGACUGUGACAACUGAUUUGGGAAUCUCAGUUGGUCCUCCACCUAUUCCGGCGUCUUUUCAUUUCAAAGUAAGUUUACAUCGUCACUUUUUGGGUUUGUGUUGGGUUUUAGGUAUACAUUGAUUUUUUCAGUCCUUCAUUGCCAGUUGCCCACUCGAACUCGGCGGUCUCGAGGAUCCUGGUAAAAAUGGCCAAGGGAAACUUUUUAAAGACGAGGAUUUUGAUUUUUGCGAUUUGAAAACGAAGUUUCCGCAAGUCAAGUUCAAGAGACCAAGUGUAAGUAUAUCUUCGAUUUCUUCCUUUUGUUUUUAAUACUCCCUAAAUGUGAUGUCGUUAUGAAUGUCUUCAGGAAAUCGUUCCGAACCCUCAGUUCUUUGUAAAAAACUUUCCAUCGCAACCCUGUGGAAAAGCUCAAGUUGGAGAUGUCUGGUUUCUUCCGGCUGUUAGUGUCGUUGCAGGCCGCCAUGAAUUAUUCGAAAAGGUUGUGAAUAUAAGCCAGACCUUUGAGGCUUCCACGUACACCGGCACGUUUCGUUUUAACUUCUGGUGGUAUGGAGACUGGGUGAACGUUAUUGUAGAUGAUCGACUCCCCAUGGAUGGGGAAGUUCCGAUGUUUUCUGGAUGUUCUGAGGAGGGUUUCUGGAUGGCUCUGUUGGAAAAGGCGUAUGCUAAGUAAGUCCCGGCCUUUUUGGAUGUUCAGGGUUUGAAAAGCAGCAAUUACAUCAACUGGCGUGUGUUGUAUAAAAUUAUUGCGUAUUCUCGUAGAUUGGUUGGAUCUUACGAGCCAAUCAGUUGCGUUAGCUAUCCGUUGUCUCUUCUCUGUCUGACGGGUGGAUUAGUCUCGGAAGUUCAUCGCUCGGAAUACAAAGAAGAAGAGUUUGAACAGCUGCGUGAUGAACAUUUCCGUGGCCUCUUGUUGUUGGCCUUGACGAGUUACGAUCUCCCAUUAGCUGGAGUCAACGGUCUUAUUCCUAAUCAGGCUCAAGCCGUGACUGGAUUUGCUACGGUAUGUGCGCAGCAAAUGGAAAAUAUUUUUUGAUACGUUACAGCUGAAUAUAAAGUUUUAUAAUUUAAAAUUGACAUUUAGUUGGAGGGUAAAGACGGAAAGCCAAUUCGGUUGGUCCGGUUGAGGAAUCCAUGGUCUUCAGGCGCAUGGAAAGGCGAUUGGUCCGAUAAAUCGGAGAAAUGGCAUGAAGUUCGAGAUGAAGAUCAUGAUAAGUUAAUCAAGGAAAAAAUGCCGUUGGAAUAUUGGUAAACUUUCAAAACUGGACUGGUUUAUUGUCUUUAGGAUCGAAUGGAGUGAUUUUACCAAGUAUUUUGAACGUCUGGCCAAGUGUUUCAUUUCGCCGGAGGUUCUGAUUGAAUGUGCGGACAAAGAGAAGGCCAAAGAGAUUCCAUUCAGCCUUAUUCCCAUCCAAAGUCAAUGGAAUUACAAGAAGAAGUCUGCUGGAGGAGCCCCUGGAAUUGCUGGAAGUAUGUCUGAAAUGAAGUUAUCAAUGUGUAGUGUUGUUUUUUAGAUCGUUUCCAAAGGAACCCUCAAUUUGUUCUGAAUCUGUCAAAUUUAUCGGAUUCGCAGCCCGAGGAGAAGAUUCCUGUGAUUUUCAAUUUACUUUUGAAGUACGGAGAUAGCCAGACAAGUCGAUGUUUUCCUCUUGGCUUAGUGGUCUACAAGGUGCCUGAAGAAGAAACUGGGAGGUUCCGAAAAUUCGAUGCUGCUUUCUUCAAUGACCCGACGAACCCUGCGCAUUAUGUCCAGAAGAUCUUCAAAUAUUGUGGAGUGGGUUUAAAAAUUGUGGGCUAUUGCCUAGUGCAAUGUUUUUGGUGUUUUUCUGAAGUCGUUUUUUUAGGGUAAAAUUAGGAAUGAGUUUAAUUUUUGGUUCUAAUGUCAGUGGUUUUAUAUUGUACUUUGGAAAUUGACGGUUUUUUUUAUGAGAUUAGUAUUAUUUUCAGUCUUGUGAAUACAUAAAACUCGACCCAGGCGUCUAUGUGUUUGUCCCAACGGCUUACGAAGAAGAUGAUGAAGGAAGUUUCUUCUUGAGAUUGGCCGUUCAAGGAAAGGCCAUUGUCUCGUAAGUUUUUUACAAAUUUUUUUACGAAUCACAUUUUUUUGUCGUAAAAAUGUCCUGUGUCGCGUACAUAGGUCCUUCAUUCAAUUGCUUUCAGCGAUCUUGACUAA